UCGGUUCGUUUAUUAGUUUUAAUUGAACUCAGUUACAUAUUUACUGCAUUAUUAACAUGCUGCCGUGUGCUCUAAUUGGCAGUAAAGCUUUUGCUGGAACUAAAUCAAGGAAUAAACUGUGUGCUAGGUGUUAAUGAUAAAAUGCAGACGAACACAGAUCCGCCCCCCAAUCUUUGAUCAACUUACAUUUGCCAUCAUCGGGCGGUUCCACAGCCACGCACAUUGAUAUUGAUAAGAACGAGGCGAACAGCCCCACCAAAACCGAUACUCAUCACCAGACGACAGAUCCCCACGAACGUCGAACGGCGAACGACGAGGUGCAAAAAGUAUGAUCUUGUGUGGGUAGGAACACCUUUAGACUGAGAUUGCAUGGAGACAUCUAAACUGUGAUACUUUCAAGCCAUAUUUUACAAACUGGACAAUGGUGCGACUCAACAGGCGCCUUCUCCCCAUCAAGGCACAUUUCUUCUUUUUCAUGGCAGCUAUGGGACCCAUACUGCCACAACUGCCGGUGAUUGGCAAACAAAUCGGUGUGCCGCCGGACGUAAUGGGAUACAUAACGGCUGCCUUGCCCAUACUCUAUGUCCUGGCCAAACCCCUUGUGGGUUUCCUAGUUGAUUAUUUCACGAACCUGCGCAAGUUUAUCUUCAUCACUCUUAUCCUGAUCAUGACACUGGCUUUUGCUGGUUUCUACUUCCUGCCCGACAAUGCCCAUUUCAUCCCACUGGAGGAUGGCAGUGCCAAGUGGAAUGUGUCGGUGCUGGAAACUCCACGCGAUUGCAGCCCCAUGAUCUACUCCUCCAGCGCAUUUUGCCAAACCACUCAUCAGGCAAAGUGCUUUCAGGGAAAUGAAGAAUUUCCCGCCCUGAUUGUGGCUCACGAGGCGGGUCUUAAUCUCAGCCAGAAUCUGCGCCAUGACAACGAGAGCCAUCACCUGUGCCUCACCCAACCUGCAACCAGUGAAUGGACUGAUGCAUCUUGUGAGGUUCGACCCGUGGACAGUUGCAUCUACGGAGCCGGCAAGUUCUGGCUUUUCGUGUGCCUGCUCUGCAUCGGGAUUGUUGGCUUCAACGUGACCAACUCAAUAUCCGAUGCCUGCUGCUUUGACCUCCUGGGCGAUGAGGAGCAGGGAGAGUACGGAGCCCAGCGAGUGUGGGGCACCAUUGGCUUUGGAGCCACGGCCCUGCUAGCUGGCAUCGUGGUCAACUGGUGGACCACGGAUGCGGUGAAAAGUCUGACGCCUGCUCUAAUCAUCAUGUGCGUGUUCAGCUUACUGGAUCUGUUCAGUGUGUCCAAGCUGAAGCUGCCGAAACUGGGUGGUUCCGAGUCCAUCUGGAGCGAUGUGUGGCAACUGGUCCGUAAGCCACCAAUCCUGAUAUUCCUGUUCUUCGCCACCAUGGCUGGGAUCAUCGACUCCUUCAUCAUCUACUUCAUGUUCUGGCACUUGGAGCAGGUGGCCGAGGCCACUGGCUAUAUGCACCAGAUCAAGCUGAUCGAGGGUCUGGUGGUGGCCGCCGAGUGCCUGGCCGGCGAGGUGCCCUUCUUCUUCUACAGCGGCAAGAUCAUCAAGAAGCUGGGCUACGUUCACUGCAUGAGCAUGUGUUUCUUCUUCUACGCCGUGCGACUGUCACUGAUCGCCUGGAUCCCCAAUCCCUGGUAUCUGGUCGGCGUGGAGCUCUUUUUCCAAGGCAUCACCUAUGCCUUGUGCUACACCUGCAUCGUGGCCUACGCCUCGGCGGUGGCUCCGCCGGGAACUUCGUCCACGGUCCAGGGAUUGAUGGCUGGCAUGGAUGAUGGGCUCGGAUUCUCCAUUGGCUCGCUGAUCGGUGGUCUGAUGUUCAAACGUCUGGGAGGACGAGAAAGUUUCAAGUACUUUGCCAUCGCUGCCAUUUGCACCUGCGUGGCCCACAUUGUGGUGCGACCCACCUCCAGAAAACGACAGUUCCUGCCGAAGCAGGGCUACCAGCCGCCCACGGAACAGGAGAUUAAGCAGCCGCCAGCUCAGGAAAUGCAGGAGAUCCGUUAGAGACUAAGAUAAGUAGCCUGUACCGACUUUGUUGCAUAUUUUUGUACGCUUUUUCGGACAUUAAAACGCGUUGUCUAAAAGUUGAA